AAUCUAAYUGCUCAGGACUCUUGAUUUUUCUUAACAGAUUAAAUAUAGGUAUUUACCUAAACUUGUAUUUUACAGGUAAAGAUAUAAUAAAAUUAAUUCCGUUUUAUGCUACAAUUGGUGGUGUUUGUUACCUUUCAUACCGAGUUGUCAAACCAAGACAUCCUGUUAACCCUUGCAUUAAAAAAGAAUCUCCAAAAGUGGUUGACGGUUAUGACAUCGAAGAGCUAGGUGAAAGUACAGCAUUUUGUCGUUGUUGGAGAAGCUCUAAAUUCCCUUUAUGUGAUGGUGCUCAUAAUAAGUACAAUAUUGAACAAAAGGACAAUGUUGGACCAUUGAUAAUUAAGAAAAAAUAAAUCAUUAYUACUAGUAUGAAAUCAUUGGAUACAUUUAUAUAAAUGUUUGUUAAUUGUUCUAGUUUAGUCUUUUGUUUUCAUUCAGUUAAAUAGAAUACAUAUUUGCAUUUA